AGCCGUGCACAACUUACCAAGCCACGCCAAGACAUGCACUGAUGUCAUGGUCCAACGAGUGCGUGUGGUUUAUGUGGUGACCUCGAACCCCGAGCGAGUCCCGGAGUUUCAACGGCUCCUGAAGCUCUAUGGCAUCGACGUGCGCCACGCCCACCCCUUUGGCUACCGUACUCGAAGAGAUGGCCCACAGGCACUUCUGCCCUUGGCCACCAGGCUUCUGCAACAGCAGGAUGAGAAGUUUUGGACGAAGUCUGUCAUGUAUGAGCAAGUGCUCCUUCUCUGUCGCGGAACGCAACAGCAUGCCGAUGCACCCGGACGAGACUUGGGGCAUGGUGAGUUGGUCACUGUAAGUGCUUCCCUGACCAUUUGGUCGAUGAAGAAGGACGGUGAGGCUGUGGAGAGCUUCGUGUAUCGACACGACAUGGACGCCAAGAUCGACUUGUCCAAGCGCUUGACAGAUAGAGCUGGUGUUUUUAACUGGGACGAUGUGGUGGUGGAUCUCUACAGUGGUUUGUCCUAUCACGAGAAGAAGCUCAUGGGUUUCAAAGUCUCGCCCAGGGACAUGAUGAUCUCCCAGUAUUUGCAGGAGCACGUGCAUUACCGGAACCGGCGACUGUGUCGUCACAACCACCUGGAGACUUGCUCGCGCGCGGUGGAGUUUGGAGAUGGCUCCCGGGUCCUGGACUUCUUUACCAGGAACGAGUACCUGUUCUCCGAGCCCGUGAAGCGCUCGGGGCUCUCCAAUGUCUUCACCUUCGUGCUGAACAGCGGCCUCUUCCUGCGGGCGGCGAUCACCAGGAGGGAGUUCAUCUACUGGUUGCCUGGCCUCAACGCAGGGAUCCCCUUGGUCCCCAAGGAUGAUGCCAUUCAUGAGGUCACGUUUCAAGCGCACGACCUGGCCCAUUUCUUAUUGCCCGACCUGAUCUUCACAGGCCACGAUUCGCCCCUGGGGCGGCGGCUGUACAUCAUCUACCGCAUGCUCAGUGAGGCCAUUACCUUGGUGUUCGCCGACAUGCUCUUCGUCGAGCAAUUGCGGCGAAGCGGCCUACAGUAUGACUGGUGCAAGCGGCAGAUCUGGCCCUUGUUUCGAGAUCUCCAAGUCGAUCCCUUUGGCCAAGGGGUUGAGCACUUCCUGGCGACCUUCCGAUCCUUGCUGGAAGCGAACAUCUCCUAUUGCCUCUUAGGAGAUGAUGGGCCCUACCGGCAAUUGCUCGGUGCACAUGAGGGUGGGGAUCCCGCUUCGCUGAAGGCAUUCAAAGAGAAGUACAUGCCUUUCUUCGUGGAAGACUUCCGCUGGACUUCCCAAAACUAUGCCUCCAUGGCCUCCCGCGUUCCCGAGCUCCGCCGCUGGUGGUCCCUGGCGGAGCCCCUGCGCGCGGUGCUGAGCACCGCGGAGCGCGGUGAAGGCGGUGCGCCGACGGCGGUGACGCUGGAGGAAUUUGCGGAGCGCAUUGAUGCAGAGGAGAAGACGUCUGGCAAGGAGCUGGUUUGGAAGUCCUUUGAGGAGAUCUUCCAAUCCAAACUCACACCCAUUUUCCGGCAGCAGAUGCAGCUUCUGGAACCGCAGGAGAGCUUGUUCCGUGCUUUCGCGCGCUACAUGAUGGGACAAUGCGUGCUUUUUGCUCGUUUCAACUUCUUGCCAGAGGCGGAGACUUGCCACAAGGAGAUCCUGCAGGUCCUGACCGAGGCUGCGAGGAACUCCUCGCCCCCGCGUUUGGGCGAGGAGGAACUGCACCGUGCUCGGAGCCACUAUGAGAGCUUCGUAGAUUUGCUUCUGGAGCGACAGCUCAUCACCUUGGACGAUGCCAAGACGUUCAAGGAGGUGUGCCCUCUCUUCGAUCCCUGCUUCGCAGCCUAUGACGAACCGCUGUCACACUACGAGCAGCUGCAGAAGGUGAGUCAAGAGAUCAUUGGUGAGUCUCCAUCAGGAGGCUACGGAAGGAAGUCUGAACGUCCACGCAGGUCCGUUCGAAGUCAGAAGGGCGGAGCCGGCGGAGCCCAGCUACGUUGGGUCCCUAAGCAUGGCUGAGAGGAGCACUGAGCGAUUCUGCUGCAGAGCUGGUAUUCUUAUGUCUUCCUAUAUGCCACAUCAUGUAUGUUGGAUUUGUUGCAUCAAUUGGAUCACAUCUGCAAUCCAUCAAGGUUUGGA